AUGGAUAAGAACUGCACCCUGAGUCCAGAAAGGCGUGACAAGAACCCGACGCAAGUCAGGGGUGACUCGAAUAUUGGAAAGAGAGUUCCUGUCUUGACCAAAAAAAUUGAAUCCGCGAGGGAAUAUAGAAGGUUGAAACUACAAGAGGAUUUUUUGGAAAAGGAUCUUGCGUCAACGAUAAAGCGUAUGAAAAUUGACACCGAUAUGAUUCAUGAAAUAACCGAGUACCGGAUAAAAACGCUCGAUGAAAGGCAGCCAAGCUUGCAGAAAUUGGAGUGGACGACCCUCGGUAUUCUGAAUGAGUUAAAAUCGGUGAAAUUGAUGCUUCAGCAAACUGAUCCUUCGGCGAUUCGAAAUCUAGAUAUAAGCGACUUUCGUUUGCGGCUAAUGAGACUGUCAAACCAGAUCGAGGUCUUGAAGGAUGUGGAAAAAAGUCUCGCUAAACUCGGCGAAGAAGAAUCGGCGCUAGAUUCCGAUCAACGAGCAUUCGACAGAAUACUUUUCACCGGAAACACAAACAGAGCUCCGAAACGAACUGGAGAACGGAAGUGCCCGACUCGUACCGGGGUAAACGAUCAGUUCAUUGAGCUCGUUGCUCGCACCGGUCACACGCAAGGAUGGUCCGAAGAUGAUCAUUCCGAGUUUCUCAAGGUAAGGAGGAAGUGCGAUUCGGUUCCGAACCUCGUGACCGAAAUGCGCGCGCGACGAGUUCACCUCACAAACGAGCAAGUGAUAAACCACGAAGCGUGGUACAAGCUGUAUACGGAACUGCGACUGAAACGGAAGAAGGACAUCGCCGAGUGGCGGUCAAGGCGACAGGACCUCAAACCGAAAGCCAACGGGGAAACGGAAGGGAACGAAUCUUCCUCUUUUUCUCAUGAUUGUGCCCCUGCAGGUGGAAAAGAAUCUAUUCCUCGAUGCAGGAGCGCUGACGCAAAAGCGAGUGUUGCAGAAAAGAAGCAGAAAAUCGAAGCAUGGAGGGCAGAAAGAGCGAGGAAGGCUGCGGUGAACGAUGAGCAGAAGAAACGUCUAGAGAUUGAAAAGGCUGAUAAGGAGAGAAGGCGACGGCAGGCGCUGCGAAACGAAGCUAAGACUAAACUUCAAGAGUUCGAUGACCGGGAGACAGCGAGAAAAUCGAGGUCAGAUCCGAACUUACAGAGAAAGGAGAUUCGUACGCACGUGAGGUCCGAAUCACUGAAAUUGUUGAAGUCCUUCAGAGAACAGGAUGAAAAAUUCAUUCGAAAAAGGCUUAGCUCUCUGAAGACUUGGCGACAAAGUUCCGCUAACUCUGUAGCUCCUGAUUCAAGGCCCCUAAAGUCGAACGUCUCCUCGGUCACGACUUUAUUUUUACCAACGAAAGCCUGGGAGCAGAGAUGCAAAUUGGAACAGAAGGCGGACGAAUCCUUUGGCAAAGUCAAUUACAUCAAAGAUAUCCAAAAAUUGUCAGUAGGAACGAAUGACUAGUGAAUUUUGUUUAUUAUUUAUUUAUUUCUUUUUCCCCGUUCUGACUUCAAUUUUAUCCUUUUUUUCAGAGCUCCUCCGCGAUGAAAAUGGUACCGAAGACUUAUAGUAAAUGUGAUACGAUCUGAGAUAACGUAUAUGUAUAUUGCAAUAACCACAUAUGAAAAUUUCAUGUCUUCAGUAUAAAAAUUCUCGUAUUUGUAUAAUAUGUUCACAUAUGUGUUUAUUUUCUCUCAUACGAACGGAACCUUUUUUUCUUUCAUACGAUUUACAUAAUAAGUUAUGAGUAAGUGCGCGUCGAUUCUUAUCCAAAACAGUUUUAGGGUUAUACUGGGUUCCAUAAGAUUUAAUAACUAUGUACCUAUAUCGUGUGGAUAUAACGUAUACAACAAUAAUAAUAAUAAUAAUAAUGAUGAUGAUGACGAUGAUGAUGAUGAAGAUGAUAAUAAUAACAACAACAACAACAACAAUAACAAUAAUAACAACAGUAAAGUAUGCGAUAAAAGGAAAAAAACGCUAAUGAAAAUCACGUAGCAGGUGAAUUGUUGCGGGUAACAUGUUAACGCCGUUUCGACUUUACUCAAAUAUAUAACAUACUUUCUAUUUACCUUUUGUUUAUUUUAUUCAUAUUUUUUCUUUUUAAUUAUGAUUACCAAAUACAAAAACAUAGGUGCUAUGUGAUAAUGUUAUAAUACAAGAGUGUCGUCAUAAUGUUAUAUUGGACACAAUCGCUCUAGUCUGGGCAGCAACAUUCUGUACAACGUAAUGCGAAAACAGCUCAUUCAAAUACUUACGAGUUAGAUUCUUAUCGGUAGAACUAUGUAUAUACAAGUAUGCAUUUUAGCAUAUACGUGUAUAUAAUAGAUUUUUUUUAGAAGUACCUUUUAGAUAACCUUAUUAAAACAAAUUGUGUAUAUAUAUAUGUAUAUAUAUAUAUAUAUAUAUAUAUAUAUAUAAUAUGUAUAAAACGAAGCGAACCGUUCUUCCUCAAGUCUUUUUUUCUGCGCAACUUUUCUCGAGCCAAUUUUUUUUUUUUUUUUAUCUUUUCCUAUCGUGUUUUUUCCUCUUUCGUUUCUUUUCUUUUUCUCUAGUGCGCAAGUCGAUUUAUCUAUGUACACGCUCUGAAAAUGUUUGCAGAAUGGUAGCAGAUUGUUUGCGAUUUUUAAAAAAUAUAAAUAUAUGUAAUAUAAAUCAAGUGAAUAAAAAAUAAAAGUUCUGACUUCUGCGCUUUCUCUUGCAUUUCAAUGGUAAUAAGUCCCUUAUUUUCGUGUAAAAAAAAAUGUUUGUCCAAGUCGAAAGAAAAAUAUUUGGGAUUCCUCCCCCUUCCCGAGUUUUAUAUACGUAUGAAAUUACUGGUAAACAGUUUGGCGUUCAAAAGGAAAAAAAAUAAAGAGACAGAGGAAUAAAUUUGACAAAAUAAUUGGCUUUUGAAGAUCUUUUACUGAUUAUAAAAAUCGACUUGAUUUAAUUUCUCGUUUAAUUAUUAAUUUAUGGUUUUCUUUUUCGGAGAAUCGCAAAUCUAUCGCAUAUAAUAUAUUUAACGUUAAUCUACACACGUACAAAACUUAUUAUACUGAGAAAACAUUGAAACGGAUCAAAUAGCAUUCGUUUAACAAACUGUGCUGCGGUGAUUUUAAUAAUUAUCACGACUGUUAGAGGUCGUUAAAUAUUUGACACCGGAAUGGAUUGUUUAAAUCCAUCAAGAUUUCAAAUACUUUUCGCAAAGCUGCUACCACCGCCGCAUAAUUUGGCACGAAAAUCAAAUAAAAUAACCCUAUAUACGCGAAGUUUUAUGUACACAUAUUACAAAUAACUCUUUAUUUGUUGUAUUAUAUAUCUAUAGAUAAUGCAUUUACUACAUACACUCUUUCUUUAAGAAAUGAGAUUUGCCUAUUAUACACGAGAAUAGUUUUACCCCAUAGUCUCUCAUCGCACAGUUCAGUUCGCAAUUACGAUUUUUAAAUCAGAAAGAGACAGAGACAGCGUGGAUUAUGUGGUGGGCAUGUUUCUUUUUUCGAUUCAUGAAACAAGCUUUCAGUUCAAUAUUUAUAUCCCCACAUUCAGGUUAGUUCUUUCAAAGAAAACCAAUAAGAAUAUUACAAUGUCCCUUUUUUUCGUUUUCAUCAUUUUAUUCGGUAAUUUUCAUAUUUAUUACUAUUAUUAUUGUUGUUAUUAUUACUAUUAUUAUUACUGUUAUUGUUAUUAUUAUUAUUAUUUACAUAAAAAUCUUAUCGAAAUGAAUCUAGUAACGAGACUAUUGUACUUUGGAUCUCGGAGAAAAACUUGGCUCGGAAUAUUCCGUCGAGAUGGUUUUGACGAGGAAAGAAAAAAAAUCUCAAUG